GCAUUCAUUGUGCUACGAUCUAUCCACCCCCCUGCUGCUGCUAGGCUUGCGAUUGCCGCUCGCUCCAGCUGAGCUAAGCGUAGCAGCAGCACCAGGGCAAGGACUGACUUCAGCCCUUGGACUUAGGACAUCGCAACACCCUCCAUUGCUUGCGUGACUCAUUCGCACAUCCUUUCUGUUUAUGCCUGGGGUGGGGAGAAAAAUCCCAAACCAGCUGUGUAAAUGAGUAUGGAAGAUUAUGAUUUCCUGUUUAAAAUUGUUUUAAUCGGCAAUGCUGGUGUGGGGAAGACGUGCCUAGUCCGACGGUUCACUCAGGGUCUUUUCCCCCCAGGACAAGGAGCCACAAUUGGAGUUGAUUUUAUGAUUAAGACAGUGGAGAUUAAUGGUGAAAAAGUAAAGCUUCAGAUCUGGGACACAGCAGGUCAAGAGAGAUUUCGGUCCAUCACCCAGAGUUAUUACCGAAGCGCCAAUGCCUUGAUCCUUACCUAUGACAUAACCUGUGAGGAAUCCUUCCGUUGCCUUCCUGAGUGGCUGCGGGAGAUAGAACAAUAUGCUAGCAACAAGGUCAUCACUGUGCUAGUGGGCAACAAGAUUGAUCUGGCUGAAAGGAGAGAGGUCUCCCAGCAGAGAGCCGAAGAAUUCUCAGAAGCUCAGGACAUGUAUUAUCUGGAGACCUCAGCCAAGGAAUCCGAUAACGUGGAGAAACUCUUCCUUGACUUGGCUUGCCGCCUCAUCAGUGAAGCCAGGCAGAACACCCUGGUGAACAAUGUAUCCUCACCCUUACCUGGAGAAGGGAAAAGUAUCAGCUAUUUGACUUGUUGUAAUUUCAACUAAAGGCUGAGGCAAGGCGAGGCGAGAGGAAUCCGCAGCUGCCCUGAUGGGCCACCAGUUGCUGGGGAGACCUGGCGAUGACUGUGGCUCCCGCUCUGGGACCUUCUGACUCCUGCGGGCUCCCGAGCUUACAAAGCACGGCGGGCCAGGGCCUCGUCCGCAGGCCAGCAUUCGCGGAACAUAUAAUGGUUUCACCCUUUUGCAGUCUGGAGUCGGGUCAAGGAGAAGAUUGCACUAGGCGCUCCAUGAUCUGCAGAGCAUGUUGCUUUUGUUUUUUUAAACAAGCAAGUAAAACACAUUCCUGAACAUGGUCCAGGGGGAAACGUACUGUAGGGACCCCUCCUGCACGUCAGUGGCUGCAUGUGGGGGCUGCUCUUUAGGGCUUCUGGGGGCCCUGGUUUUCUUGUCUACCAGAUAAACCAAAACCAGGAAGGCCAAGUCCUGUCUCUAUGGUGCGUUUGGAUGACUCCAUGGAGAUUUUGACAAGUGUUAUUUCUCUUUUUUCCACGGGCACUUUCAAGAACUUUGGGAUGUAAUAGUGAGAUGAAACCUUUACCCAUGACAACAGUAACAAUCAUUGUUUUAAUACUGUACACAACAAGCUCCAUGACUCCUUCUGGUGCUAAUGAUUCUGCUCUUUCACAGACCAAACAUUUUAGUACAUCGAUGUCCUUACAUACCUUACAUAGAAAUAAAACAAAAAUUAAGGGAAGUCCAUGAAUCAGCUCUCUUUCUCGAAGUUUCAUUACGACCUGUCCUAGGAUAGAUUUAUUGGAAAAGAGAAUACUUUUCCUUUCCUCUUCCCCUCUAAGUCUCUACCAUUUUCUUCUUCCAUUCUCCCAUCUUUCCUGCCCCUCAAGUAAAUGAAAAAGUUUGAAAAAGGAAAAAAAAAAAAGAGAGAGAAUGGUUGACACCCCCAUAUAAGAGAUUAGCUCUAAGACAUUAUGAGUAGUAUGAAAAACCAGACCUGAUCUGACCAAAAUACUGUGGAUUAAUGGACUGCAGUGCGGAGUUCCAAGCAGAGCACAGUCCUUGAUAGCAAGUCUUGUCUUUUGCUUCCUGGUACUAUCCAUCUUGGACAGACCAACACUUAGGAUUUUGUAGAUGUUUUUAGUAUGGUAAGUGAGAGUUGCAGUGGAUGAAAAGUCUCACGAACCAUUUUUGUAUCUGCAGUGAUAACCUUAGAAAAAAAUCUGCUUGUGGAAGCAGAUGGAGUAGUCAUUUGUCAUCUCCUUGUAGUAAUGUUACUCUCAGACUCAUGACCAGUCAUCCUUUCCGAUAUCUUUUUCUUUUCCUCGCUUUCUUUCCCGAUUUUCCCCUUUUUACCUUAUCCCUCUCCUCCCCACCCUCCCUUGUAUGCAUAUGUUCCUGCAAAUCUCCAAUUCAGAUGGAGGUGUGCAUGCCUUUACUUAGCCAAUUUAAAAAACAGAACUCAAAUGGGAGCCGUGAUGCUGAAUGUGUGUUCCUGUUUCUUCAGUGCCAUGCUUCCAAUUUGUUCACGGAUAUAAAUGCAAAUUGGGAAAAUGAUUAAAGCUGUUUGCUGCUGAUGCUGUCAGAUGUUUCAGUAGCUUGCUACUUAGCAUAACUGAGGGAUGAGUCAUGGGAUUAGGAUAUGAUAGGUAAUUCCACUGUUGUUGUAGAUGGUGGCAGUCUUGGUCCUGAUAUACUGAUGUGUGAAAGCUAUUGAAUUUUAAAGCAACGAGUCAUGUACAGACACAAUAUUGGUGAAGCCUUUCUAGCAUUUCUAGGGCAGGUUUCAGAGUGACCUGUCACUUGCACAUGGGAACUGUACAUAUUGUUUAAGGGACUGAUGCUAUGGUUGGCUUCACCAUGGUUGUCCUGAUACUGUGGGUAAGAGAAAGGGAUCCUAGAAGUUGGAGUUGCUUUUAUUUCAGAAUCUGUCUCUAUAGGAAAGAAAAUCAUUUUCAUAAACACCAACCAAAAUAACUUAUCAUGGUUGCCUUUCCCUCCCCAUCUUCCUCAUCAAGCCAGCAAAUAAAAGGUAUUCAGAAAAGUUGAUCAAGGUGAGCAGAAGAGCUCUUUUUACAUGGUGAGGAAAUGCCCUUAAGUUUAGGUCUCAUUUAGAGCAAAAUCCAAAGUCCCCAAUACAUCAUGACCCAACUUUGUUUCAUAGCAGCAAGUAUGUUGAAAAUAAAGUUGCUUUAUGAAAUAGAGGCUAGAAUACUGUUAGAUUGGACACAAUAGUUGUAAAAUAGCAGGCUGUAGGGCCACUCUUGCAUUCUGAGAUUAUUUCCUAGGGAACAGUCUCCUUUAUCUACUCUUGGCUGAACUUUAAGGGGAUUAGAAGGCUCUGCUCUUGGCCCCUUUCCUCCUUUAUUCCUUGCAGCCUUUCUGUACUUAACAGUCACCCAUCUACACCACAUCAGCAGGGACAUAUGAGAAUGUAGGGCUUUGUUUCUUUUUUUUCUCUCUUAGCUGUAUGAAUUCUAGAUUAGGCCUUAUGGACACUUGUUCCCUAAUGUAUCUAAGUUUGAGAACAAGCCCUGACAAUAUUGUAGGUGCUCAGUAAAUAUUAGUUGAAUAAACAACUUAGUGCCAAGAGGAGCUUUUCUGGUUAAACAGAAAUUUCUCAAAUAGAACUUGAGAAAGGACACCAUUUAAAUAUGGUCAUCUUAACCCAGGCCAGGACCCAAACGUGUUGAUUUGUCUAUUAGUUGCUAUUGCCUUGGUCAUAUUUGCUAAGAUGAGCCUUCUUAAAUGAAAACAAAUUCUCAUUUAAUGAUGGAUGAAAAAGAGGGUUGUGUUCUCAUAGUUGAGUUUGGCCUGAUCUGAUUCGUGAGACCACCAGAGUCCAUGUCUGCCUCCGUUUUGGUGUGAUUUUUUUUUUUAAUUUAAAUAAAGUUACUAAAUAUACGGCAAACUUUUUUCUGUUUACAAUGCAUCAUAAUCAUGUCAUAGAGCCAGAUCUGGAGAAUCUGUGAAAUCAUAUAGUUUACUCAUGUUAAUGAUAUUAUGGCUUUGUAUAGGCUGUAUCCUCAAAGGAUUUUAUGCUUUGUCCUUUACCUAUGCAAGGCUUUUUAGUCCUCCAUGUGUUUUGUUAGAGCUAUUGAAUUAUAGUCACAUUUAAGUUUGAUUAUAUAUAGCCAGUUAUCCUUCUGUGGAUUACUUAGAGUAGGCCAUUAGCUUUCCCUGGCCUUUUCUUCUUCUUCUUCUUCUUUUUUUUUUUGUUUCAUAUUAGCACCUCUGAGUAAAGAGGCAAGAAAAUAACUAAAAGUGAAAAUGAAAUGGAUUGACAGUGUGUUAGUUUCUGAGUUACAGUUUGGUAAGAGAGGCAAAAGCCAUUGGCCAAAAUAAGAUACUUGGAUUAGGGCUAUUUAAGCAAUUUAGACUUGUUGGAGAGAAGAGGCAGUAUUUAACCAAGGACUGGAUUCUUCUUUCCUCUUCUGUUGAUGAAUAUAUGUCUUUGGAGGACACUGGUGACUUCCAGUGUUAGAUAAUGAUUUGCCUCAUUUACCAUAAUUCUUCCAGAUCCAUUAUCAAGGUUCAGUCAACGAAUCUUUCUGAGUAAAUACCAGUUGCAAAUGAUUUUGAAUUGGUACUCUGACUAAAAUGAAAACUUCUUCUUCCUUUUUAAAUAAUCUACAUGAAUGGGAUCAUAUUAUAGUCAGAAAAAAAGCUAGUUUUUUCCAUGUAUCAAACCAACAGCUUUAAAGAUAGACAUUUUCUGUUUCUCAAUCCUGCAAAACCCUGUGUAUUUCAUAAUCAUAAGUACUUUAAGGAUCACUGCCCUGUUAGCUUCUGAAAGAGCUCUUCUAGAGUUUACCCUUUGUUUUUUUCUAGAAGUUUUUAGUUUUGUUUUUUUUUUUCAACUUCAACUGGUUACUUAUUCUCUUCAACCAUGGCCCUGAUAGAUGUGUUUUAGUGCAACUAAUACUCUUGAGACUUAACUAGAAAAUGAAAAACAGGGAAAAAACAUGUUACCCUUCUGACAAAAUGUACUCUACAUAAGCAGUAUGGUUAAACACUAAUUUGGGGCUAAGAAAGGGAUGUGCUUUGUGGUUUUUUUUUUUUUUUAAUCUUCUUCUUCCUGGGUUUCAUAUCUGUGACCUGAGCCUAUUUGCGUUUGGAGGGAAAAAUGAUUUUCCUUAGAUUCUUCAGACUGGGGAGAGAGCAUACUGAACUGAGAAAUUAUCAUCACUUCCAAUAGCUCAUUAAUUAUAGUAAUGUUAGAGCAGGGGAGAUAACACUUCAUCUCCUUUCCUAAGCCCAUGGGAACUUUGCAGUCAUUUUGGGGAGCCAUUGUUUAAAAACAAAUUGGGAUCAGCUAUAGCCCAAUACAAAAUGUUUUUGGUGAUUAAAAAAAGAAACCAAAUUGAGGCAAAGCAAAGGUGGUGAAGGAGUUUUAGAUUUAAAAUGUUUGAACAAUAUUUGAAGGAUUUGGGGACGUUUAGCUUGGGAAAGAGGAAUACAGUGGGUAUAUUAGAAUAAGACUCUGGUUUGAAGGGGUGGAAUAAGACCCACUGAAUAGAGGUCACAGGGCCAUGGAUUUGAACUUCACAUUAGAAAGAACAAGUUGGUUCCCCAUGGAAGGGGCGGCCUCUGUCAAGCAAAGGCUCAAUGAGAACUUGGCAAAGAUGGUGUGGAGAGGAUCCCAGCACUUCUUGGGGUGGACAAGAUGACCUAUUAAAAUUCUGUUUCUAGCACUUUGCUCCUCAUAACAUGUUCAAUUAAAUAUCUGUUGACCCACAGCCAAUAAUUUUUUAAAGGUUUUUCUCUUCUGCCCAAAGUGCAUGCCCCUCACCAGGAAGGAGGUUGCUUACAUGUCAUUAGGUCAAGACUGGCUAUUAUACCCUUAGGCUGGAAUUGCUUUUUUUGGUCCAUUCAUUGAUGUCUUGUUGAAAUCACAAACUGGGUCUUGAGUUAAAGAUUAAAAACGUAUUGUUUUAGUAGAAGUUGCAUGAACCGUUCCCUUCUCUAGGGGAUUUUCCCAACCCAGGGAUCAAACCCAGAUCUCCCAAAUUGCGGACGGACUCUUUACCAUCUGAACCCCCAGGGAAGCCCACGUGAAAUCAUGGAAAUUAUGUAUCUGUCUCUUGCCAAACAUAGGCCAUGCUCAGUUUUAGUGAAUAGUUGCUAUCUCUUCAGGAUAAACCUUUUUAGCAGAGCAGAAUCUUCAGUAAAACAUCCCAUAAAUACACAAACAUGAAGUUUUACAGCUCCCAUCACAGAUGGGCUGGUGGUCACUGGCAUAGAACAGUCCCCAAGAUCGAUCUUGGAAAAAUCUCAAAUGAAGUUUGGUUAGUUUGUUUGAUCCUUUGAAAAAACAUGAUCUGAAAAUGGUUUUAAAAGAAUGGAGACCAAGUUGCUUCAUGUAGAAAGUAACAACAUAUAGAUCUUUGAUUUGAAAAUCAGAGGUAAUUAUAAGCAACAUUUACUAAUUAAGCCCACUCUAAUGAUUCCACCUGCAAAAUAACUUGCAUCCUUGCAAGGCUGGUAGAUGGCUCUUUAUUGGUCUUCUUAAACAAAAGUCAUUGGUCUUGCAUCACUAUGGUGAGAAACAUUGAGUCUGGGUGAGACUUUCUUUGAUUCCUUUGGAUGAGAAAUCAGAGCACAAAAGCUAGCCUCCUCUUUAAUUGACUGCAUGAUGUGCAUGAGUAAAAAUUUUACUUUUCCACUGAUUUAAAGCAAAAUUUUUAGAGGUGUUGUGUUCUAGUUCCUGAUGGAAUCCUUGGUGGGUUGUGACUUUGACACAUCAGGGAGUGAUGUAGGGAGGUGAUUAGAAUAUGGAACAUUAGGGUAGAGGUGAGGAGUCCUAGAAUUCCCUUGAAUUAGCUGUAACAUUAUGCAAAGCACAAUCUCUUGAGCAUCCAUUUCCUCAUCUACCAGAUAGACUAAUAGUACUAUACCUGUCAGGAUUAUUGUGAAGAUUAGAUAAAUUGAAAGUACUGAACUUGGUAAACAGUAAGCACCCAAAUAUUUGUUCUUUUCUCCUUGAUGAAGAGCAGACUUUGGAUGGUUUGAUACAAGUAUAGAUCCUUUGAACAAAACAAGGAGCCCUCCUGACUUCAGAAAAACAAAAACGAAAACUCUGUUUCUGAAAGAGCCUUAAAAGAAAGUCAUGUAUUUAAUCCACUUUUCUGCCUUAGUGCAUAACUGUUACCCAAGAGACUCCACUUCUUUACCUACUUCAAGAAAGGUAUUCUUUCUCUUCCAAUGGGCAAUUCCAGGGUUGUAAACGCAUUAUCAGGAAACUUAACCUUAUUACUGAAAUACCUCACAGUGCAAUUUGAACCUCUUUCUUCUUGAUCCCAUCCUCCAUGAGAAGAAAAAUUGGUUGAUCCUGUCUUCUUUUUAAAGGGCCAUGUUUGCCAUUUAUUAUUACCCUUUUGCCUCAUUUUAAAAAAGCUGAUAGAAAAAGUUCAUUAAGGUGAUAAUUAUUAUCCCCUUGGGGAAUGUCAGGAUUCUUAUUGAUAGUGAUCAGAUUUAGAUCACAAACACUGUUGUAACUCUUCAGUUAGUCAGUAUUUUCUUCUUUAGUUAACAUAUUAUUGAUAACCAAGUGUGCUUCUGAAGACUUAUUCUGGUUGUGUGGCUCUCGUUUUCUCCUCUUGGUAAAAGUGGAGUCACGAAUCCCAGCUUUGUCAACUACUUUUAGAAUGUAAUUUCAUAUAUGACAUAAUUUGAUGGACAUAAUUACCAACACCUAAUAUUAGCAGGGUUUCUUGCCUUUUCUACAUUCUGAAAUAAAAAUCAGAAUACCAAAUGCCUAAUAAAGCAAAAAUUCUUUGCACAGAAUAGCAAAAGGUAAGAAUCUGGUCUGCUAGAAUAAUUUGUCACUAGUUGGUUGAAUGGUGCAGAGCUUUUGUUUAAAGUUACACAGUUAUGCCUGGAUUAAAUAACAAUAGCAAAACUUGAGAAGCCCUCUGAAAAACAGCUGCUAAACAUACUGCUUUCUGGAAAGUAAUCAUUAAGAAUAAAUAUUCUCUUGUUCUAUACAAUUGCCGAAUGUUAGUGGAAAUUUCUUGUAGGCUACUUGAAUGUCAACUGAUUUAUUAAAAAAAAAAUUGUGUGUGAAUCCUUUUAUUCCUUUAAGGCAUUUUGGGGCUUUCAUGUUCCUGUUGUAGAAAAUUUCAAAUGACUGGAAUGCUGGCUUCUAAUUUCUGCUCACUGAAGUGGCCUCUAGACAUACCAGAUGGUUGGGGCCUCUUUGAUGAUCUGAAAGGAGCUACUUAAAUACACUUACAUAAAGUGUGUGAAUAAAAUUGCUGUUUUCAGCAAAAAAAAAAAAAAAAAAAAACACAACAAAAAAAAAACCCAACCACUUUUGAUCAAACUUUCAGAUAAUAAAGGGUUAAGAAGAGAUUUUUUUUCAUAACCUAAAGGGAAAAAGUAUGCCCCAUAUAUAUUGUUGCAUACAUUUUAAUGCAUGACUUUUAGUAUAGGGAUGAAAUAAAAUACAAAAUAUAUAAUUCUGGAGGUCUUCUCAGCAGCUAGUUAAAAUAUUUAGAUAAGCUGUUUUAUGAAGACUUAGAAAAUCCCUAGUUUCCCUUUACAUAUCUCUUUCCAUCGAAGUGGAUCUUUAACAAACAUAGGUGUAACCAACAAACAUAAACAAACUUGUUCAUCAUGGAAUCUUAUGAACUCAGCUCUUUAUUGGUUUUAAGCAUAGGCUCUCAAUAAUAUCUAAAUACAUCAAUAUAUAAAAUCUAACUAUUAGCUUCAACACAAGCAAAAUACUUGAUUUUAAAUGUUAAUAUGCAGAUAUUAACGGUAUGCUGUAUCAUGUCUUCUGUGUUCAUGUAUUCCUUUUUAAUAAAAUGCCUGUUAGAAAUAUAA